AUGCGAGAUGCCUACACCGAGGGGUCCGAGGUCCCACAUCCCGCGGUGAUGUGGCCCCAGGGGCCCGCCCUUCCGUCACCCGCCCCUCUCCCGACCCCCCCAUUCCCCGGCCCUGCCCCCCUGUCUGACUGGUGCACCGUUGUCCUCCCCCCAGCCCCCCUACUCCCGGUAGCUUCCCGGGGUCUUUCCCCGGCAGGCAAAGGGGGCGUCCUUAAGGGGGGAUGUGAUAUUUGCAAGAAGUCCUUCUUUCUGAAAGAUAAUCUCGUGCAACACAUAGAAGCGCAUUCAAACGAAAAGCCAUAUAGCUGUGCAGUUUGCAAAAAGGCCUUCCCUCGUAAAUAUGCUCUUAUGGAACACAUGAGAGUACAUACGAAGGAAAAGCCAUACAAAUGUAAUAUUUGCAAUAAGUCCUUUUCAUACAAAAGUGCUUUGAUGAGGCACAUGAGAGUACGUACAAAGGAGAAGCUAUACAGCAGAGAAGUUUGCAAUAAAGUCAUCUUGCAGAAAGGUAACCUAGCACAAUAUUUAGAGGGUAAAUGCAAAGGAGUGAUGUAG